AGACAUUCUAUUUCACCCAUACACACAGAAACAAAGUCAACGACCCUUAUAACUCAUCAAGUAACAAAACCACACAUCCACCUCAAAGAUUUCAAAAGCAAACAAUGGAUUCUCAACAAUCCAAUAACCAACUUCAUGUAGUUUUUCUUCCAUAUCCAACUCCUGGCCAUAUGAUUCCCAUGGUAGACACAGCAAGACUAUUUGCAAAGCAUGGUGUUAAUGUUACCAUCAUCACUACACAUGCCAACGCUUCAACUUUCCAAGAAUCCAUAGACAGUGACUUCAAUUCAGGAUACUCUAUCAAAACUCAGCUUAUUCAGUUCCCUUCAUCCCAAGUUGGUCUUCCUGAUGGAAUUGAAAAUGUCAAAGAUGUUAAAGAUGGAACAUCCCCAGAAAUGCUUGGUAAAAUCAGUCAUGGAAUGUUAAUGCUCAGAGAUCCUAUUGAGCUUCGCGAUUGGGUGAGGACUACAAAUGCUGCCACAGCCUAUUUUGAACCAAUUUUUGAAUCGGAGGCAAGAAGUUAUGGGACAAUAUGCAAUAGUUUUCAUGAACUUGAAAGUGAUUAUGAGAAAGUUAGUAAAACUACAAUGGGGAUUAAGUCUUGGAGUGUAGGACCAGUUUCAACUUGGGCUAACAAGGGUGAUGAACGGAAGGGCAAUAGGGGACACGUGGAGAAGAACGUUGAAAAAGAGAGAGAAUUGCUAAAUUGGCUUAACUCAAAGCAAAAUGAGUCUGUGUUGUAUGUAAGUUUUGGAAGCCUUACUAAGCUUUUUCAUGCUCAGCUUGUAGAAAUUGCACAUGGGCUUGAAAAGUCAGGUCAUAAUUUUAUCUGGGUUGUAAGGAAAAAUGAUAGAGACGAGAACGAGGAAGGUUUCCUGCAAGAUUUUGAGGAAAGGGUGAAAGAAAGCAACAAGGGCUAUAUCAUAUGGAAUUGGGCACCGCAGCUUCUCAUAUUGGAUCACCCUGCAACAGGAGGAAUUGUGACUCACUGUGGUUGGAACUCAACUCUUGAAAGCAUUAGUGUUGGUUUGCCAAUGAUCACAUGGCCAAUGUUUGCUGAACAAUUUUACAAUGAGAGGUUGCUUGUUGAUGUUUUGAAGAUAGGGGUCCCAGUUGGAGCAAAAGAAAACAAGUUAUGGAAUAGCUUUACUGUAGAGGCAAUGGUUAGAAGGGAAGAGAUUGCAAAGGCUGCGGAGAUUUUGUUGGGAAAUGGUCAAGACAGCAAAGAAAUGAGGACGAGAGCAAAAAAGUUUGGCGAUGCUGCCAAGAGGACUAUAGAGGAAGGUGGACACUCUUACAACAACUUGGUUCAGUUGAUAGAUGAGCUGAAAUCAUUGAAGAAAUCCAAAGCACUUGGUGAGAAAGCAGAUUAGAUAACUGAAAUGAAGAUGUAAUCUUGUUGCAUUAAGAGGUGUAGCUGGUGAAGGCUUUAGAUAUGAUAAAACAAUAUCCAACUUUUUCUCUCCGGUUAUUUUUUUCUGUGAUUUGGAGUUCAAUAAGAUGAAACAAUCCAAUCAUUCAUCUGCACUGCAAUGAUGAUAAAGGAAGUUAGUUUUUACUAAGCAAUUUUCAUACCAAGCUAAGAAAAAGAUCUGUUGAUGAAUUAAAUUCCGUUGUCUACUUUGGUAUGCUUUACAAUAUUUAUCAUUGGUCAUAUGAAUUCAUUACUACAUA